AUGGAUAAAUCAAGAGAUAAAAGUGAUGAAAUGAUUAUUUAUAUGGAUAAGAUUGGCGAUAAAGAACGAUUGACAGAACCAUUGACUUAUAAACCUUUUGCACCGAAGACUAUAUCGCGUUCCGAUUCCAUGCUCGAGACAGACAAUACAAACAAUCCACGACCGACGUCCGGUCCAGAAAUCGAUGACCUAGAACCGGAAGGAAGUUUUCCGAUAGGAUUUGAACCUCGAAUAGGAAUUGAUGAUGGUCUCCUGCCAAGUGAACCAGGGGUAUCAGAAAUCCCAAGAACUCCAUUUUUACCACCGCCGUCUAUGCCGCCUAUUCAGCCGAUACCUGACGUGAAUAUCUAUCAGCACAAGAAAACGCUCGCACAAGGAAUGAUGGAUCUGGCUCUUUUGUCUGCUAAUGCAAAUCAGUUGCGUUAUGUUUUACAAACUGACGGGGGGCAUCCGUAUUAUUAUCCAUCACUGGUGCUAAUAGGCAGCAGCCUAAUUUUACAAAUUGCAGUGGGAAUAGGAUUAAUUUGGAAUAGUAGAUAUGACGUUAAUGAUAAUGCUCAAAUGUGCAAGGCCAACCGGGCUAAUAAUUGGACAGUGAUCGGUAUAUUUCUAGUAACAAUUUUUAAUGUCUUCAUUUCGUCAUUCGGCGUUGUUGAUCAAGUAUCAGUAAUGCCUAUAGUAUCUAGAAUUGAUAGUGAAAGUGAAAAUUAAUGACGAAUGACUGCGCGUAUCAUUAUUUUAUACCAUAAAUUUUAUACCAUAAAUUUUAUACCAUAAAUUUUAUACCAUAAAUUUAAAUGAUAAAAAGGUAUUGAUUUUUAUUUUACUAUAAAAAUGAAACUUCAACACAAUGCGGGAUUGACUGUAAUAUUUCUUUUAGUUUCUCAGAAAGUUCCUCUUUCCUUUUGUCUAAAUCUUCUGUUCUUUUGGUCAGGUCACCAGAAAUUUCCACUAGCCACCUUUCUAUUUCUGUGUUAUUAUCUUGGACCUUUAAUAAACGCGAAAUGCAAUUGGGUUCAUAAUCUUGAGAAUUAAUAGUUUCUUCUUUAGAUGACAAAGUUUCAAGCUUUUCUUCAGUCACAGAACAUAACAAAGAAAUAAACUUUGAAACUUCAUUCCAAUCUAUACCUCCAAAGCUGGUGUUCAGUGAUUUAUUAUGUUCUUGAACUACUGUUACCUGUAAUUUUUAUUACUGGUAUUGUAUUCUAUUUUAUAAGAUAAAAUGCGUGAAUAUAAUAUCAAAUUUCUUCUAUUUACCAUCCAUUCAAAAAAUAUAUGUUUCUUUUUAGACCAUUUCAUAUGUAUAUCUAAUAAACUAGCAAUAGUUGAUAA